AUGGUACCUCAACCAAUAGCACAUGAGGUGAAUGUGCCAUCUCUGAGUAAGAAUGAAGCUCAGUGGCCAAACUUCUCCAACGUCACUGUUAAACCUGUGGAUCUGGUACUUACUGUAACCCUAACUCAGCCUCCAGAGCGCACCAAGGAGGCUCAGGCUUCUCCAAUCCAGCAGGAGGCCCCAGCUCAGCCUGUAGAGCUCCCCGAGGAGGCUGAACCCACCCCAAUCCAGCUGGAGGCACCAGCUCGGCCAGCAGAGCACCCCGAGGAGGCUGGGUCCACUCCAGUCCAGCCGGAGGCGCCGGCUCAGCCAGCAGAGCACCCCGAGGAGGCUGGGCCCACUCCAGUCCAGAUGGAGGCGCCGGCUCGGCCAGCAGAGCGCCCCGAGGAGGCUGGGCCCACCCCAGCCCAGCCGGAGGCCCCGGCUCGGCCUGCAGAGCACCCCGAGGAGGCUGGACCUAGUCCAGUCCAACAGGAGGCCCCAACUCUAGUUCCAGAGUUUCCUAUGGAGUAUCUAUUUCAAACUUCACAGGAGACCCCAGCUCAGCCUUCAGAGCCUCCUGAGGAAGCUAAGCCUCCAAGCGUACAGGAACCACCAGCUCUGCUUUCUGAGCCUAGUGAGGAAUUUGAACUUUCUCUGACUCAGCAGGAGAUCCCAGCUCAGCCCCCACAGAAUCCUGAAGAGGAAGAACAUUCUCCAGCUCAGCAGGAGGCCCCAGCACCGCUUCCAGAGCCUUUUGGAGAAGCUGAACCUUCCUCAACCCAGGAGGAGACCUCAGCUCAGCCUGCAGAGCUCCCUAAUGAGGCAGAAUCUUCAAUCCAGCAGGAGACCCCAGCUCAGUCUCCAGGAGAGAUAGAAUCUUCAGCAGCCCUGCAAGAACAACCAGCUCAGCCUCCCGAGCUGCCUUCUGGGGAGGUGGAACCUUCUCCAACCCAGCAGGAGCACCCAGCUCAAUCUCUAGGGCAUCAUGAGGUGACCGUUUCGCCUCCAGGUCACCAUCAUGUUCAGCAUUUAAACCUGCCCAAUGUCAGUGUUAAACCUGCAGAUGUGCAGGUUACUAUAACACCAGAACCCAUUACAGAGGUGGGACCUUUUCCAGUUCAGCAGGAGGCUGCGGCUCAGCCCUCUGUGCCCCUUAAUGUGGAACCAUUUGCAACCCAGCAUGAAGCCCCAACUCUGCCUCCACAGUCCCCUGAGGAAGCUGAACCUUUGCCAGUUCAACAGGAGACUCCAACUGAAUCCCCAGAAUCUACCACACAGGAGAAACCUCCAACACAGCAGGAAACCUCAGUUCAGCAUCCUGAGUAUCCUGCAGAAGUUAAACCUCCCACAACUCAACAGGAGGCCCUGGCUCAGCAAUCACAGGGCCCCGAGGGUGAACCAUCUUCAAGCCAGGAGGAGGCCCUGGCCAAACCUCCAGAGACCCAGGAAGAGGGUGAACAUCUUCCACCCCAGCAGGAGGCCCCAGCUCAGCUUCCACAGACCCCUGUAGAGAAUGAACCUUCCUCAAUACAGGAGGAGAGCCAGGGUCAUCAUCCACAGACUCCUGAGAAAGUUAAGCCUUCAACUCUGCAGGAGGCCCCAGUCCAGCAUCCACAAGCCCCUGAGGAAGGAAAACCCAUCUCCAUCCCAGGAGGAGGCUCCAGCUCAAUUUCCACAGACCCCUGAGAAGGGUGAAUCUUCAACCCAGGAGGAGAGCCAGGGUGAGGAUCCACAGACAUCUGAGCAGGUUGCACCUUCUCCAACCCAACAAGAAGCCCCAGCUCAGCACCUACAGACCUCUGAGGGGAUCAAACCUACAACCCAGGAGGAGUCCCCAGCUCAGCACCCUCAGGUCCCAGAGGAGGGUGAGCCUUUUCCAACCCAAUCAGAGACCCCAACUCAGUAUCCAGAGUCUCUUGAGGGGAUUGAACCUUCUGCAGCCCAGUCAGAGGACACAGUUCAGCAUCCAAAUCCCCUUGGGGAGGUUAAACCUGCAACGCAUCAGGAGGCCCCAAGUCAGCAACUACAGACCUCUGAGGAAGUUAACCCUUCUGCCACCCAGCAGGAAGCCACAGCUCAGCAUCCAGAGCCUUCUGGUGAGGUUGAACCUUCUCCAACCCAACAGGAGGAGGUCCCAGCUUACUCUCCAGAGCAUCAUAUGGUAACAGUUUCUCCUCUAGGUCAGGGUCAAACUCAGCUUCUGCUGUUGCCCAGUGUCACUGUUAAACCUGUGGAUCUGGCACUUACCAUAACUCCAGAGUCCACUAAUGAGGUUGAAACUUUUCUACCCCAACAAGAGGCCUCAGCUCAGUCUGCAGUGUUCCCUGAGCAGCUGGAACCUUCUCCAAUCCAGCAGGAGGCCCGAGAUCAUCCAGCACCCCCUGAAAAUGUUGAACCUUCUCCAAUCCAGCAGGAAGUCGCAAAUCAGCCUGAAGAUCUUUCUGAGGAAAUCGAACCAUCUCCAAUCCAGCAGGAGGUCCCAGAUCAGCAUCCAGCACCCCCUGAAAAUUUUGAACCUUUUCCAGUCCAGCAGGGAGUCCCAAUUCAGCCUGAAGAUCUUCCUGAGGAAAUUGAGCUUCCUCCAAGCCAGCAGUGGAGCUCAGCUGUGUCUCAAGUGCCUGUUGUGGGUGUAGAACCUUCUCUAGUCCAGCAUGCGGUCCCAGCUCAACAUCCAAAGCCCAAUGAGGGGAUCGGGCCUUCUCCAGUUCAGUAUGAGCACCCAGCUCAGCCUCCAGAGUCCUCUACAGAUAUUGUGUCUCAGGCUCCAGUACAUCAUGAGGUGACAUUCUCACCUCUAGGUCCCGGUCAAGCUCAGCAUCCAAUGUUGCCCAAUAUCAUAGUUAAACCUGUAGAUCUGGAGGCUUCCAUAACUCCAGUGCCAACUAAGGUUGAACAUUCUCCAGUGCAGCAGAAGGUCCCUGCUCAGGCUCCAGUUCCCCCUGAGCAGAUUGAAUUUUCUCCAAUCCAGUUCAAGCCUCUUUCCCAGUCUCCAGAGAUCCCCAAAGAUGAAACUCUUCCAGGCCAACAGGAGCUCAUAGCUCAGACUCCAGACCCUCCUAACGAGGUAGAACCUGCUCAAGCCAACAGGAGGUCCUACCUGAGCCCUCAGAGCCCCCUAAGGAGAUUGAACCAUCUGCAAAUGAACAUGUAGUCUCAGCUAAUCCUCCAAAGCCCACUGAGGAGGUCAAACCUCCAACCCAGCAGGAGGAUCCAGCUCAGUCUCCUGUCCCCCAGCAGGCCCCAGGUAUAUCUCCUGAGCCCCCUAAAGAG